AUGGCAGGGGGAAACCGACAGCAUACGGCCAACAAAAACACGCUCAGACUUGACGAAGAAACGGAGGAGCUACACCAUGAACGAGUAAGUUUGUCGUUAGGCAAAGCAAUGCAGCAAGCGCGUCAAGCUAAGGAGUGGACUCAAAAAGAUCUUUCGACAGUGUAUUAUCAUUACCAUGGUAAUCUCGAUUUCAUUCUCAAUUAUGGCGCAUCGAUAACGAUUUGUCACGUAGUCAUUUACAACCCAUUGCAGUGUCUGAUGAUAUACUAUGAAGUAGUUAUGAACUCUUGA